AUGGCAGAAGGCACAAGUGAGGCACGAAAGCGCACCAAGUCACACCAAGAGUAUCUUACCAGGCUCCAAAGGCCAACCAUCUUGACGAUGAACCACAUCUCAGCCAUCCAACAGCACAAGGAAGCUAUCAUUGACGCGAAGUAUCACGAUGAUGUACAAUACCAAGCCGCAUUGACGAUCCAAAAAGCAUAUCGAGGGUACCGCGACCGACGACAAAUGGAUGGAAUGAUUCUCGAUCCCUCCUCCCGAUGGACGGAAGCACUACGAGAAAUUCGAUAUCGAAAUGCGACAGCUUCCUCACCAGAGGCCCGUCCAGAUGGCAAGGACCGUUCGUUGUCGAAUGCAGAGAAAGCAAAGGCGAACUGGAUCAAGGUCGGUCAGGUGGCAGAGCAUGCAGCUGGGGACAGCUGCGUACCCGUACAGUCGAAUGAUUCCGGCAGUCAAGCUCCACCAGCCGACUCAUUGUUCUUGGACCUGCGGUAUUUUCUGGAGAUGGUGGACGUCAAGCACAGAUACGGCACUAAUCUACAAGUCUAUCACGAGGAGUGGCAAAGGUCGAUUACGAAGCAGAACUUUUUCGAAUGGCUGGACCACGGGGAGAAGCUCGAUCACGAGAGGGUUCGAUAUCUGAGCCGCGAAGAGCGCAAAGAGUACGAAGUCCAAGUUGACAAUAAUGGGAAGCUAUGUUGGCUCAAAAAUACUCAGCCCAUCACGACUAGUUCUGAUCUCUACAAGGAUUCUGCUCAUGGAAUCGUUACGCAAGACUCGCCUGACGCGCCAUAUGUACCUGAGCUGGAAGAAGCGAGUGACGAUGAGCUCGAGCUACGGGAUGCGCAAACCGACCAUCAAGCAGCCAUAAAGGAUGAAUCGCAUCGCAGGCAUUUCCACGUCUUACCUGCCACUGUACUGAACCACUUGUUGCGCGCCUCUGUACGACCUGGGACGUGGAUCUACGUUGCAGAUACUAUUGGUCGGCUAUACGUGGGCAUCAAAUCCAGCGGUGCUUUCCAGCAUGCAUCAUUCCUUGCAGGCGCUCGCAUCAGCUCAGCUGGACUCAUAGGCAUAGAAAAUGGCCAAUUGACAUACCUAUCUCCAUUGAGCGGGCACUACCGACCAACAACCAAGUCCUUCACCACCUUCGUCGAGAGUCUGAAGCAACAGAACGCUGAUCUUUCACGACUGCGAAUAUCGCGUGCAUAUGAUCUUUUAUUGGGCACGGAGUACUAUGGCAGGACUAAGAAGGGAGUUGGCAAGCUAUUGGGCAAGAGCCAUGAUGGGGAGCGAGCAAAGGCAAAGCCCAGAGUGCAGUCUCACUAUACUGCCACCGACCUGGUUCAGCGAGAUUGGGAGGAGGAUCACGAUCACCCGAAGCGAAUGCAAAAGCUCAAGGAGGAUUUGCAUAUUCGAAGGCGUAGUCCUGGGUGA